ACGGAUCUAUGGGAAAACCUGACACCUAUGCUUAGUCCAUUAUAUGCAUAAAGAAAACGUGGGUGGCUGGAAUUAUGCACUGUAGCAGCUAUAUGUGUUCAGUGACCCACCAGUUCCAAGUCCUAUGUGUCUCUUCUAUAUAUAGGUGGACAGUUCCAGUUGAGUUUCAAUCAAAUACAAAAGCAUGCAUAUGCAUUUUCUGUGAUUAAAACAGUUGCUGCUGCAUAUACUCGAUCCAGUUACGGUUGUAUCCAAUGGCACUUAAUCUCUACUCUCAUCAUCUGCCCCCUCCCUGCUUUUCCCUGCAUUUGCCAAGGCGAGGUUCCUCCUACAGUUCCCUUCCGGUUGGUGCCGGCAUGAAGCCGGUAGUCCAAUGCCGCAGUGCGAUCGAACAAGAUGACUCUCCGGUGGUUGCCGAUCAGAGACGCUCUGCCAAUUACCAGCCAAGCUAUUGGAGUCCUGAUUUUGUCGAAUCCUUGUCGAAGAAUUACCCAGGACAAGAGGAAUUAUACCAGGAGAGGACAAAGGAGCUGGAGGAGAAAGUGAGAAGGAUGAUUGAAGAUGUGGAAGAUGAUCAGCCAUUGGCAUUGGCACAGUUGGUUGACAGCAUCCAAAGAUUGGGACUUGGACACCGCUUUGAGGAGGACAUAACAAGAGCCCUUGACAGGGUGAAGUCGUCCUUCGAACCACCAAAUAAUGUGAGAACCCUCACGAAUCUACAUGCUACUGCUCUUACUUUUAGGCUCCUCAGACAGCAUGGCCACCCCGUCCCUCAAGAUGUGUUUAAGGGUUUCAUGGACCACAAGGGCAAUUUUCGGGCCCUUAUCGCCAAGGAUGUCGGGGGACUGUUGAGUCUAUAUGAAGCUUCACAUCUGGGAUGUGAUGGGGAAAUUAUCCUGGAAGAGGCCAAAGCAUUCACCACCUUUCACCUAAAUGAGAGCCUCAAGUUGGGCACAAGCACUAUGAUUGCAGAAGAAGUGAGUCUUGCAAUGGAGAUUCCCCUGCACCGCAGAAUGCCAAGGCUUGAAGCUAGGUGGUCUAUUGAAUUAUAUCAGAAAAGGGAAGAUGCAAAUCAAGUGCUACUGGAACUUGCCGAGCUCGAUUUCAACAAGGUGCAGUCCAUCCACCAAAGCGACCUUCAAGAUUUGUCAAGGUGGUGGAAAGACAUGGGCUUAGUGAGAAGGUUGAACUUUGCAAGAGAUAGGCUAAUGGAAAGCUUCUUUUGGACGGUCGGAUUGGUGUUUGAGCCUCAAUUCAGUAGUUGUCGCAAAGGGUUAACCAAAGUAAUCACACUAAUCACCACCCUUGACGAUGUCUAUGACAUUUAUGGUUCUUUGGAGGAGCUAGAGCUAUUUACAGAUGCUGUUGAAAGAUGGGAUAUUACUGCAGUGAAAAAUCUUCCAGGCUAUAUGAAGUUAUGCUUCCUGGCUCUCUACAAUACUGUCAAUGAAAUGGCUUACGAGACACUCAAGGAGCAAGGAGAUAACAUCAUCCCACACCUGGCAAAAGCGUGGGCAAAUUUGUGCAAAGCUUUCUUGGUGGAAGCAAGGUGGAACUAUAACAAGAACAUGCCAACAUUCACAAACUAUCUCGAGAACGCUUGGCAAUCAGUAUCAGGGGUUGUUAUACUAGUUCAUGCCUAUUUUUUGGUGACAGGGAGUAUCACAGAUGAGGCAUUAGAGUGCUUAGAAGAGAACCAUGAUUUAUUGCAUUGGCCCUCUGUGAUUUUUCGACUUUACAACGAUAUGGGUACCUCAACGGCCGAGUUGGAGAGAGGAGAAAGUGCAAAUUCCAUCUUAUGUUAUAUGCGUGAGACUGGACUUUCUGAGGAAUUUGCUCGCAAGCAUAUCAACAACAUGAUAGAUGGAGCUUGGAAGAAGAUAAACAAAGCUCGAUCUACUAAUUCUCCUUUUUCAAAAUAUUUUGUCGAAAUAGCCCUUAAUCUUGCUCGGAAUUCCCAGUGCACGUAUCAACAUGGAGAUGGGUAUGGAGCUCCAGAUUCUAGAUCAAGAAACCGAGUCUCUAUGGUGAUAAUUGAGCCAAUUCCCCACUCCAAAAAUAAAUAAGCGACAAGGCAACAACAAAGAAGGAUUGCAAAGCAACUAUUACCCCAUGCAAAAUUUGAAAUUCACUAUAUGCAGGUGCACACAAGGAAAAGUUAUGGUUUAUGUAAAUCUUAAUAUGUGGAUCUCAUACCAUUUUGUGGUUCAUAUGUGCAUUCCAAAUAUUUAUAUUGGAAGAUUUUUUUUUUUUUAAA